CAGUCAAUCACCGGACUACCAGCCCACCAUACACACACCAAACAUGAAGGCCUUUGUUGUGUUCGCCUGUCUGGCAGUGGCGACGGCGCGCGCCGGAAUCGCGCACGGACCCGGCUAUGCCCUGGCCGGAGGUCAUGGCGGUUACGGAGGCGUUGGCCUCGCUGGAGUCGGCCUGGUCGGCGGAGGUGCUAGUCUCUCUGGUGGUCUGGCAGCUGGUGCCGGCAGCGCGAGAUCUCUCCAAGAGGGUGCCUCCAGCUUGGGAUCCUCCGCUCUUGGUGCCAGCUACGCCGCUGGAUCCGCGGCGGCGGCUGGAGCUGCUGGUGUUCAACAGAUUGUCUCUGGUGGAGUGAUCGGUGGCAGGGCUGACAUUGGACCUGCCGAAGGACCCAAGGCUAACGUUGGACCCCAGAGCGGACCAUCUGACAGCGUUGGACCCCAAGAAGGUGCCAAGAACGUAGGUGGACCACGUACCGGCCCAGCUGGACUCGUAGGACCAGCCACCGGCCCAUUCACCUCCGUGGGUGCAUCCGCUGGUACCUCCACCCUCGUUGGACCAUCCCAGGGUGCCGCUAACUUGGUAGGACCAUCCGUGGGAGUUGUAUCUUUCUAUGCCGGAAGUGGAAACAUCAACGGUGACGACGGAAGCUCUGGAUCCGCUGCAGCUGCCGCGCCUGGCGGUCUCGCCGGUCCAGCUCUCGGCCUCGGUGGUGCUGGUGCCAUCGCUGUUGUGGGUGGUGGUGCCGCCGGAUACGGCGCUGGCCUUGGCGGACACGACGGUGGUGUUGCCGUGAUCAACGGACCGUCUGGCGCCAUCCACGCUGGACUCGGCUCUCACGGAGCUAUCAUCCCCGGGGCACUCGGCAAGUACUAG